AUGUAUCAUGCCGGUACCCCUGGGUCUGUAAAAGAUCACAUUUCAAAAUCUAUGGCUUUGGAUGAGGGGAAUGUGCGUGUUUUGAUAUGCUCUGUUGCUUUUGGCAUGGGGGUCAAUUGUAAAAAAGUAAGACGGGUGAUCCAUUUUGGCCCAUCAAAAUCAGUUGAAUUGUAUGUACAAGAGUGUGGAAGAGCUGGCAGAGAUGGCCUCCCUAGUUCGUGUGUAUUACUGNGCGUGUUUUGAUAUGCUCUGUUGCUUUUGGCAUGGGGGUCAAUUGUAAAAAAGUAAGACGGGUGAUCCAUUUUGGCCCAUCAAAAUCAGUUGAAUUGUAUGUACAAGAGUGUGGAAGAGCUGGCAGAGAUGGCCUCCCUAGUUCGUGUGUAUUACUGUACAACGGUCUGCUGAGUAGUCACUGCGAUGCUGACAUGAAGCAGUAUCUACAAAUUGAACAGUGCUGCAGAAGGUGGCUAAUGGAAAAGUUUGGUUCCAAAGAAAGUUCUGGGAGUUCAGACCCAAAUGUAACGUCUCAUGACUGUUGUGAUAUUUGUGGUGGUGGAUGCAAAUGUAGUAGUGAGAACUGUGGUGAGUUUUGGAGCCCCUGUAAAGACAGACCCAGUCUGCCUAAGCUCUCGACAGGUCCUACUAGUGACUGUGACAGCCUUGAAAUUGUGUGGACUGUAACACGACAAGACAGAGACACUUUAAGGAAGAAGCUUCUCGAAUUCCAACGUGAAAUGGCAAAGCGGGGUCAGGCAGUCAAAAUGGUUACAUGUCCAACCUUUCUUCUGGAAUUCAAUGCUUUUCAUGUCAACCAGGUCAUUGAAUGUUGUGAGAAGUUAUUCUCUGUGGAUGAUGUUACAAUUUAUGCUGAUGGGAGGUAUUUUGGUGAACAACAUCUAUAG